ACGUCACAGACGGCAGCUGAUAGGCAGAAUUCAACUCUGCACGAUUCCCAUUGGUCGACGAGCCGGUAUAAACGAUGCCUUCACAGUAACCUGUUCCAGUUGUGUUGUUGUUCACUCACUGUACGCUUGAAGAAUAGUAUGUAUAAAGUACUUCACAAUCAAGACAUAAAACACGAGUGCUCGCGGUCAGGGGGACUGCACGCGUAUCCUGAUCAUUUCAGGGAACCUAAAAAGCUCUACCUCUAAACCACAGCCGUUUAAUAAAUGAUCAUCUGAAGGUUCCUGUCCUCUGGUAGGACUUUGUAUAUAGUGUACAUAUCGCUUUUCUAACAGAGGAUCUCGCUCAGAUAAGCGGAGCAAGCUCGAAGGAUCAAAGAUAUGGUCACGCGGUGAUUGAAAGGAGUCGAAAGAAUUUGAAAAUUUGCACUACUCGAAUCCCAUACAUUCGGCGCAUUCAUCAACCUAGACCGCACUGAUCGGACUAAAUAGCUAAAACGCGAUAAAAGAGGAGAUAUUGGUGGAGAGAAAGAGAACGAAGAGAAGAAUGAGCACGAUGGAGCAACAAACGUCGGACGAAUUCCCUUUAUGGAUGAAAGUACUCUCUGCAGGCACAGCAGCCUGUAUCGCUGAUUUAGUGACGUUUCCUUUGGACACCGCCAAAGUCAGAAUGCAGAUUGCCGGAGAAAAUCAUCCUAUUCGGUUGGCAACAGCGAACGGCAUCAUGGUUCGAAAUACACAGCCAGGAUUAUUGAGGACAGUAGGAAACAUCAUCAGAGUGGAAGGAGCAAGGAGCCUGUACGGAGGUCUGUCCGCGGGACUCCAGAGACAGAUGUGUUUCGCCAGCAUACGGUUGGGCCUCUACGACAUCGUGAAGUCAAUCUACGCUGGAAUCUUCGACGGUAAUAACAGGAGCGGAUCGAAGAGUAUUUCCGUACGAAUCGCCGCUGGAAUGACGACAGGCGCCAUGGCGGUGAUCCUUGCUCAACCGGCUGAUGUCGUCAAGGUCCGCUUUCAGGCUAGAGAUAUUGGACAACCGGCGAGAUACAGCUCAACCCUAAAAGCAUACUGGAAUAUUGGUGUCAAAGAAGGAGGGCGGGGUCUUUGGAAAGGAACCGUACCCAACGUCUCGAGGAACGUGAUCGUGAACGUGGCGGAGAUCGUCUGCUAUGACGUCAUCAAGGAGUUCAUCUUGGAGCACAAUUACCUGCGCGAUGGAAUCCCUUGUUAUCUAACGGCCGCCAUGGUGGCAGGAUUGUGCACCACCUUGGCUGCUAGUCCUGUAGACGUGGUGAAGACUCGCUACAUAAACAGCGCUCCUGGCGAAUACAAAGGCGUGAAGGAUUGCGUUGUUCGUAUGAUGACGAAGGAAGGUCCAUCCGCGUUCUACAAAGGCUUCGCGCCCAGCUUCACGCGUUUAGUGUCCUGGAACAUCGUUCUAUGGAUCACUUACGAGCAGUUCAAUAUCUACGCGAAGAAGAUGAACAACGAUCAUUGAGCACCAUAGCUGUCGCGUUCUACGUGCUCGAUCGACCGAUGUAUCCGUCGAUUUACAAGAUGUACACAUACGAGCCGUGUUUUAAUCAACUGCAGCUUCAUAGUCUGUAUUUCGAUCAUGUAGCUUAGAGAUGGGAGGAUGUAUUAUCGUAUAUUGGUUAGAUUUGGUCGUUUCGAAUAGAACUUAUUACCUGCCGUCGUUUGCAGGUACACUUACUAAUAUCGAUGCAUGCAUACAUACGUAUAAGUUUCUCUCUAGGUACCUUAGAUAAUGUAUGUUAUUGAUUUAUUAAAAGUUACAAUUAUUUACUUUCUAUCGAUCGUUGGAAUCGCCGGGUUUUUUUCGAUGAAUUCGAUAACGCUUAAUCGCCUGUCUGUUGUAGAGGACAGUUUCUAUCGCUAAUGCUUUUCUACCUAAUGCGUAUUCGUAUGUAACAACUACUUGGAAAAGAUUCUUGCCUAUGCAUACGUAGAGGGUGUGUUUACGAUGGAAAAGCUGUUACGCUGUGCUCUUUCGUAGGGUAUAAUCGUUAGCACGAUGACACAUAUUAGACUUUCUUUCUCUUUACUAAAGCAGGUUAAGUGUAAGAAAAUUUAAGACGCGAUUUUGUUAAUCUCACCGAUAGCUUCGUUUGCAAACGACGACAGCCAAUUCUCCCAUCUAUCGUUGUAUUUUCACUUUUCUCUCCGUAGAUAAGACCGCGCGUGCACUCCACAUCGACAUUUGAUCAAAUUGAAAUCAACUCAAGUUGGCGAUUUGACAAAACGGAGAAAACUUGUCCGUCCAAAAUUAUUUAUAAAGUAAUUCGAAUACCAUGCGUAUUGCAAUUGGUCUAUCUUGAUUCGAUUAAUUCUAAACAAGAAAAAAAAAAAAACGGAAAAGAAAGAGGAAUGCUCAUUUUUCGACAAAAUUUCGUCUUUCAACGAAGUGCACGUACGAUCAAGAUCUUAGAAAUCUCUCGAUAAUCCAUAACGAAACAUUUUUGGCUACGUAAGUCAGCUUUAGAGACAGUAGAGCAAUAGAGAAAAAAGAAAUUACUCCCUUUCCCUGCCCCCGAUGAAUACUAGUAUAAAAUCGCGCGCUUUACGAUACGCCGGACAGACAAUAAGAUAUCAAAAUUGGUUUUAACGCGUUUGCGACGUCUGUUAACGAAAGCUACACACACGCGCAUACAUACGCAAAAUGAUUAUUCCACUGAUUUCCGUUUCUAGACUCCGAUUAAUUUUUCGAGGCACGAAUUAAACAGAGAUCCUUGGCUAAUAUUUAUCUGUGUAAUUGUAAUUCGUUCUUCUAACAUUUGCGUUAUGCGGGUUAAUUUGUCGCAAUCGUUGCUAGAUAUUUAAAGAAAAGAGUAGGGGCGGAUAAUUCGCAAUCUCAUUUGGGGUCAAUUAAUAUUAUACAGGGCACAAUUUUUAUCGAAUUUCGAUCGACGACUUGUAGUCUAUUUUAAAGGCUAUGUUAUCAUUUAUCGAUGUACUUUUCACAUUAAAAAGCAAUUCUUAUCUUAUUAA